CCGCACGCCGGUUGGCUGAUAAGGCUCUCGUCCCAUUGUGGUACAACAGACUCACUGGGCUCUUCAUCGAGGAGGAGGAAACAGAGGAGGAACUGAGCGCAUCGCGUCUUCCCCGCUUUCAUUUUGGAAAGUGAGGAGCUGCUUUGCCAAGAAGAGCCACACACCGGCACCGACUGCGGAAGGAAGGAAGGAGAGGGACUUUGCAGCGAUGACGGGCAAAUCUGUGAAAGACGUUGACAGAUAUCAGGCGGUCCUCAACUCGGUUCUGGCGCUGGAGGAGAACAAAUACUGUGCCGACUGCGAAUCUAAAGGUCCAAGAUGGGCUUCCUGGAAUUUAGGCAUCUUCAUUUGUAUCCGCUGCGCUGGUAUUCAUCGAAACCUAGGGGUCCACAUCUCAAAGGUCAAGUCUGUCAACCUGGAUCAGUGGACACAGGAGCAGGUUCAGUGUGUUCAAGAGAUGGGGAACGCCAAGGCCAAGCGUCUCUACGAGGCUUUUUUACCCGAGUGCUUCCAACGCCCCGAGACCGACCAAGCUGCAGAGAUCUUCAUCAGGGACAAGUAUGAAAAGAAGAAAUAUAUAGAUAAGGUCAUCGACAUCCAGAUGCUUAGGAAAGAAAAGAGUUGUGACAACAUCCCCAAAGAACCAGUCGUGUUUGAAAAGAUGAAAUUGAAAAAAGACAUCAGCCCGAAGACAGUCUCUCAGACUGUUACAGAUCUGCUUGGACUGGAUCCUCCUGCUCCAAGUCCUGUGGUGUCUAAUGGGGGCGGAUGUGUUCCAGACAGUAAUGAGAGCCCAGUGGUGUCUAAUCCAGCUCACUCACACACUGCCCUGGAUCUCUUCAGCUCCUUCCCAGCCCCCUCCCCAGCGUCUUCUACAAAAACCACGCCUGUUUCCAGCUCUUUGCCUCAGAGCAGAGUGACCGCCUCAGUGCCUGAAAACCUCAGUCUGUUUCUGGACCCCAAACCCAAAUCAGAGGAAGGUGCUGUCAAGAAGCUGUCCAAGGAUUCUAUUCUCUCGCUGUACGCCUCCACCCCCUCAGUGCACGCCAGCAGUAUGGGUGCACACGCAGGUCUGUACAUGAACCGAGUGGGAUACCCAACACAUCCUUAUGGUCCGUACCAUUCUUUAGCCCAGGUGGGUGGAAUGGGAGGAGCCAUGAUGGCAUCACAAAUGGCCAUGAUGGGACAGCAGCAGAGCGGCAUGAUGGGGGUUCAACCAAACGGCAUGAUGGGACAGCAGAAUGGCUUAAUGGGUGCUCAGGGUAUUGUGGCACAGUCUGGCAGUGUGGCAUCACCCUACAUGGCAGGAAUGAGCCAGGGCAUGAUGGGACAGCAGCAGAAUGGAAUAAUGGCACAGCAGCAGAGCAGCAUGAUGGGACAGCAGCAAAGUGGCAUGAUGGGACAUCAGCAGAUGGGAGGCUUAGCUACAGUACCCCAACAACAAGUUUAUGGAGCGCAGCAACCCCAGCAGCAGCUUCAGUGGAACAUCAGUCAGGUGACUCAACACAUGGCUGGCGUGAAUCUCUACAACACCAAUGGCACGAUGGGAUACGGCAGCCAGCACACGGGAAGUUCAGCAGCUCCAAGUUCAGCACACAUGGCAGCCCACAUUUGGAAAUGAUCACAUACAUCCUAAAAGAGAUGGAAGCCCAAUAUCUCAAAAACAAACGAAUAUGUGGGGUGUGGGAAGCAGUUGGAUCAGACUCUACAUGAAACAUUUUCAAAAUCAAGGGAGGAGGCGGCAGGUGUGAAGAUUUGAGAAACAACCACUACCUCUCUUUCUCUUUUCUCUCUGCCCAAGCUUCCUCUUGUUAUGUC